AUGGCACCCGCGCGCCGUCGUUGCGGUGGUCCUCUUGUAUCGAGUACAGUGCCGUCACACCGCGCGUAUGGCACUCUUGUUGUGGCUGCCAGUCAUUUCUGUGACUAUUUUCUUUUUUAUUCCUUUCUCGUUUGUCGGUCAGUAUUCAGCUUUAACUCAAUCCAACCAAGAAAACAAGGAGAAACAAUGCCUCCAAAGCAAAAUAGAGUGCAAGGUGGCAAUGUGGAGACUCAAGCGUCUGCCGUGCCGCAGGGAGAUCGUCAGAGGAGAGCGAGGCAGGACUUUGAGGGUGAGAGAGAUCAACCCGCUGCGACACACAUAAGAGCGGAGUCGCAGCAACCAAAGUGGACCAUGAGCAGCAGCGUAGAGGACAUUCUGCUGGAGGGAAGCACUAACAGGAACAACAUGAAAUUGAAUGAUUUCCUUCGGAGCAACUUGGGCGAGGAGUGGGUCGUGGACCCCAAUGAGAACGUCGCUAUGGAGGCGUUUUUGUUGAGACCCACGAUGUUUAUCCAAAACAAAGGGUUAUUACGCACAAUAACGGCAUUGCCGUCAUACAGAGAGCUGGAAAGAGAGCUGAAAAGAGAGCUGGAUGAGAGGAAAAUACUAUUGGGGGCUAUUUAUAAGCUUCUUCACGAGGGUGUGUACUCUCUCGAGCAAUGGAGGGACUAUGAAGGAAAGGAUACGGUCACUCCUGUUGCAAGGAGAAAACUAAACGCAGCUCUUUCUCAGGUGCUGACAGAAGAAAGGCGUAAGGCGGAAGAAAGGGCAAGCCGACGGCAAAAAUUAGAAUUGACCGUUACCACCACGAUCGAAGAUGUGCUAUUUAGAGGAAGAGUUCGCGUCAUGGACAUACAAUUGAAUGAUUUUCUUGUGAUGGAGUUGGACGGCAGAGGCAUUUUGCGCGCCAAUCGGAAUGUCUUGCUGAAGGAGUUUGUAAAGGAUUCUACGAGGUAUAUUUGCUGUGCGUUUUUACUGCUCGAAAUAAAGGCAUCCGAUCGUUACAAGAGGAUGGAGAGGGCUGUGAGGGAUGAAAUGGAUAUGGAAGAGGAUGUAAACAAGCUUUACGAGAAUGACGUGGACAAUCUACUGAAUUGGUCAUUAGCUGCCGAGGAGGUAAAAGCAAAUGUUCAUAACCUCACUAAACAUUUCUUGGAUGCAGCCUUCAUUGAAUUGAUGAGCUCAAUGACGAUGAGUGCGCCGAUGAAACUGGAGGGAUGCUACGAGUCUGUGUACAAUGCGAGGUGGCACCAUGUCGUGGAGGUUCCUGACGACAACGGAAUGUAUGUGAGGGAGGGGGAGCCACCGCAGUCAUGGAAGUACAAGAAAGUUGACGACACCCUCGAAAAGGAUGACGGUGUGGAGGAACCCGGUGCACUACGUCUUAGGCUGAUGGUGCUCACUUCGGACAGGGGAUGGCCGUACUCGUGGAAGGAGGAGGACUCCACUCAUGACUGCCAUGUGAACUGUGAGGUGGAGCGAGCGUGGCGGAUCGUCAGGAAUGAUCUAACCGAAUGGUUCAGUCCUCACCGUGAGACCUACUUUACGCCCAAGCAGCGUCUGUUGAUUGGGACGCCCGGGAUCGGGAAGUCGGUGAAUGCCGGCUCGUACUUCCUCUACCAGCUGCUGCACUACGAUGCGGAGCAGCUCCCAAUGGUUGCGUACGUUAUUGGGAGUCAAUCAUUCCUGUUUGACAAGACCACCAAAACGGUAUCAACAUACAGGGAUAACCCCAGGAUUGAGGAUGUUGUAAACAUUUUUUUUUUCCGUGGGGUUAAAGGGUAUUGUAUCUACGAUGCGACAUUGGCAUGUCGUCAACCGUCUGCUGGUUUGCCUUGCAAGGGAUGGGGCAUGAUUGUGGUGACACCACCAGACAAAAACGAAUAUGAACGGUGGACAAAAAAAAUGGACGCUACUGCAAUCGUAACGAAUUGUCCCGAAGAAAACGAUGUGAGGGCAAUGUGCAUUUGGAUGAAGCGCAAUCGACCCCUGCAGGAGCAAGCGGAAUACUGGAAGGAGGUGAGGGGUCGCAUGAAUAACGUGGGACCAAUUCUCCGCUUCAUCUUUGAUAAACAGGCAUAUGAUGACCGCAUUAAAGCGUGUCAGCAAGCCGUGGAUGGGUCGACCGCUUCGGAAUUAGAGCGUAAUUUGGGUAUUGGCUGUUGUUACUCGUCCAAUGGCAGUGACUUGUCUCGAAAGCUUGUGAAGGUUGUCCGAGUACGACGAGGAAACAACAUUGAAUCGCCUCUGAAUUUGCUGGUAUCUCCCCACCUUGAACGUGAAACUUUGUCCAGGUUGGAGAAUGAAAUGAAGCAGUCCGAUUUUAUUUUUUUCGUUUUGAGGUUCUGGGAUUAUGUCCCACCAUAUCUUAUUGAAAAGUAUGCCGUAUCCGCAUUUUUGAAUGAGGAUUUCCUGCGUGCGAUAAGACUUAAAAUCAGAGAACUGAGGCCACCAGGACGACGUGAGCCACACAGCUGUGCGCUGAAAGAGCACUCAGAUAAGAGCUUCACCAGAAAAGAGGUUCUACCGCCACCGGAACGUCUUUCCAAUCCGGUUGCUAUGGACCACUGGGUGCUGUAUGAACCGAAGGUCCAACACUUUCCGCUGGUGGACGGCUUUUUCUUUGUGGACUCAAAUCCAAUGACGCUGGUGGGGCUGCGGAUGACUACGGCGGGUGAGCACCGCACCACCUCCAGCACUGUGAGGCAGUUCACUGAGUGCCUGGCGGCAUAUUUUAAUGGUUGGGAGGAGUUAUCCCGAGACAUGUCGUGGGAGAUUAUUUAUGUGCAGCACGCAGACAGCACGCCGAUGAAUGACUGGCGGAGAUGUGAUGUCGUCGAUUCCGAUAGUGUGAGCCGCGCUGAAAACCGUGAGAUUGCGGCGUUCUGGGAGGAAGAGGUGCGCCAGUACAUAGCAGCAGUAUCAUCCGGAGACUUUUGA